AUUUCCUGUGGUUGCAGUGUCUAAUGAGGUUAACACUGUUUUUGAGGUUUAACUCUUCAAUCGACAUGAAAAAGGGAGCCCUGGGCUCUGCAGCAGGGGGAUGCAGCGAUGGGAUGGGGAGCACUGGGGCAGCCCAAAUCCCCUGUGCCCUUCAGCCCCAGGGACUCGCAGCCCGAAGCAUCCCUCAGUGAGUGGGGGGCUGAGGGGUGACACUUGGUCCCCAUGAAAACAACCUCAGUCCUUGAGCGCUUUUUCACUGGAAGCGUCUGGGGUUAGGACACAAACGUUAUUUUUUUGCUGGGGGAGCUCAGCCCAGCCCCCCCAGGACUCUCUGCUGUUGCUUCCCAUGCAGCAAUGUGACCACAAAAAUCCAUUCAGGCUGGAUUUACAUCCACCAGGGUGCCUCCAAAUCCUGCCACAACUUGCAGACUGAAAAAGACAAGCCCCCCCGAGGCUGCUCCGUUAAGGGAUGCUGGGUUUUCCCAUGGACUGACUCAGACUGGAAACUCAGUUGUUCUCACUGCAGAGAUCUAGGUCAGGUUUGCUGACAGUCGCUGAUGCUUCUCGCUGCGUUCAGCAGCCCCGGCUGUAGCAGCGGACAGAGGGGGCCCAGCACCGCAUGUCCUGAGGAUUGGCAAGACGAUGCCCUGCGCGGGCAGCGGCCGCAGCCCAGGCCAUGGCAGGGUCCGGCGAGGCUUUGGCGCUCCACAUCCUGCUCUGCUGCCUGUGCAGAGGUGUCGCAACCAUCAAGUGCUUUGGGCACGUCUGGAUCGAGCCCUCACCGGUGGUGCCGAUGGGCUCCAACAUCUCCAUCAACUGCCGCUCCACCCUUGGCUGUCCUGGGGCCAAGUUCCUCAUCCUCCUCAACUACAGCCAGCCCGAGGGUCUCUUGCACCCCCUCAACAGCAGCACCGUCCAGCUGUGGCUGCACGACAUCCAGGUGCCCUUCAGGACCGUCAUCUGCUUAGCGCGUUGUCCCAACAGCCAAAAGCACCGGCUGGUGUGUGGCACCCAACUCCUGGCUGGCUACCCUCCAGACCCCCCCAGCAACCUGAGCUGCAGCAUCCGUGAGCACUCGGGGGUCCUGAUGUGUACGUGGGACACAGGGCGGCCGACACACCUGCACACCAGCUACAGCCUCCACCUGCGCAGCAUGGGGACAGAAGCAGCGGGGGAUACUGAGGAGGAUGCUGUCUUCCCCACGGGUUCACCAGUGCCGCUGAGCAAGCUGAGCAGUGGGAGCCGCUACUUAGUGUGGGUUCAAGCCAACAACACGUUGGGUGCUGCUCGCUCAGCCCCACAGCACCUCAACCUGCAGGAGCUUGUGAUCCCUGCUCUACCCCUCGUCAUUGGUGCCGAGACGACAGACACGUCACCUCCCGUCACCACCAUCCACUGGAGGAGGCAGACGCUGCUGGAGAACGUGUGCUGUGAGGAGCGACACAAAGCCACGGACACCCCAGCAUGGCAUGUGGAGGUGUGGGACGAUGCGGCGCAGACCAAGCCCCUCUCACGGCACAACCUGCAGAGUUACACCCAGUACGUGUUUCAGGUCCGGUGCCGGCUCAGCCCCCCCAACAGCCCCUGGAGCUCCUGGAGCACCCCCUUUCUCUACAGCACCCCCGAGUCAGCCCCGGCCGUGGCACCCGACGUCUGGCGGCGCCUGGGCCCGGCGUUCCCCAACGGCAGCCACGAGGUGACGGUCUUGAUCAAGCCCCUGUCAUCCCAGGAUGCCCGCGGAAGGAUCCUGGGCUACACUGUGGUCACCAAGAGCCCUGGGGGGACACAGCUCCUCUGCAACACAUCCAGCACAGCUUGCAGCCUCCUGCUGCCCCUGGGGACCCACACCCUCCAUGUCACUGCGCACAACACCCGGGGGGCUUCCAGCCCUGCCACCAUCACCCUCGGCCAGGGUACCAGCAGCCAGGAAGAGUUCCCAGCACCAGUGGCCGUGAAGGUCAAGCCCCAGAACCGGAGUGGGGUCUUGGUGACCUGGCAGCCCCCGCGGCGCAGCAGGAGGUCCCCGCUCUGGUUCAUAGUGGAAUGGGUUUCCACCUUCCAGUAUAACCACGAGGAACAGUAUUUUUGGAAGAAAGUCUCAUCCCAGGAAACACACACGGAUAUCACAGAAGAGGAGUUGACAGGAGGUCCCAUCAAUGUGUCAGUAUACGCAGUCUACCCUGACGGAGUCAGCAAACCAAGCUCCAGCCAAGUCCCUGCAGAGGAGCCACUCCUGGGCAGCACCUCCAGCCACAUCUCCCAUGAUGAUGACAUUGGAGUUUUCCUGGGACUGGGCGCCAGCAUGGUCAUAUUAUCAGUUGUUCUCAUAAUUCUGAUGUUUAAAAAAUCAGCCAGAAAAAGAAUUAAUGCCACCCUUGUGUCGCUCUUGCCCAAAUGGCUGUUUGAAGACUUUCCCCACAUGGAAAACAGCAAUGUGGUGAAGUCACUGCAGGAAAAGAGUGAUUUCAUGAGUCACAGUUUCCACGAGCCGCUCUUGGACACCAGUGACCCUGCCAUUAUGAAAGUCGAGGAGAUGCCCGUGCGUGAGGAGUACAAGAACGUGGCCACCAGAAGGAAACCCAGCAGAGAGGUCCCCAAGGAUGGGGACCGUCCCAGGAGCACUGCACCCACCAGCAUCACAUCCCCCGAGUCCAUCAGUGACUACAAACCCCAGGUGUCUGAUGGGAACCUGCUGGGGUAUGUAGCUGCCAAUUUUUACCAAACACAGCCCGUGGCAGCCCUCCCAGAACCAGAGAUUAGCAUCGUCUUCAGAGACUACACGAGCCCCGUUUCCCAGCUGUGGGACGGGGAGGAAGGGGGACACCAGAUCUGUCUGCUGGAGAAGAUCAACCUCAUCCUAAACAGCAGCCGGAGCGGGCAAAGCCAGGCCCUGGGCUCAGCCCCGGGGGGACAGGGGUCCCUCCUGGGGACCCAGUGGGAUCACACGUUGGCCAGCGAUGUCCAGGAGCAGACACUGGUCCCCGAUGAGCUGGUCUCCUGCCUGAGAGCCAUGAACAAGGAGUCGGUGGAUAUACAGUCUUGCUUUCCACAGACCACUGAGAGAUUAUUUUGAAAGAAAUCAUUGUGAUCAAAAACACCUAAAGUGAUGGCCAUGGCACUUAUCAGCUUUCGAGUUUGCAAACAGCAGAACUGGAGCAAAACUCCAGAUCUGAAAUUUGCCUUCUUAAUUGACUACAAAUACUCACAGCUGCCUGGAAUGCUUUAGCCACUAAAUCACAGUUUUAAACUUACCUCAUAUUGUCACAAGCAUAAAAAAUGUACAACUUUUAUGCCCAUAAGAACUGAAAUACAGGAGAGGUGAUUUUUGCAGCAUGCAAUAUGCUUCAGGUAUUAUUCAAAAUCACUCUCCUGUUAAAUAUGUGGAGCAUUUCAUCCCUGAAGCUGAUUGCAGUUAAGAUGGAUAAAACAAUCCCUUAGACAUCCUGAUAGAAGCACAUAAAAUAUUUUGGGAUCACUCUUAAUGAAGACACUAUACCAAGGAGGAUUUAUAUAUCACACAGCAUAUCACAGGUACCAAGGACAUGAAACCUUUUCUGCGUGAUAGAAGAACCCAAUUGCAUUUUCCUUCCUAUUCAAUAAUAAAAAAACACAUCAGGUAAAAACAAGGCUUCAUGGUCUGUCGGGUUGAUUUAGAGUCUCUUCAAAUUGGUCACUGGGCAGAUUCUUCACUUUGGGUGAGGGAUGUACCAUCUCACAGCAGCCCCAGCCUUGCUGUGCAGAGCGCAAUGUGGCGCAGUGAAAUGGCAUUUAUUAGGCAUGUGACACGGAAUGUGGAUUUUCUGACACCCAGAAAAUGAAAUACUGGAAUCUCCUUCCUGCAGAGCAUUUGUGACAUCACUUACAAGUUUUCCCAGGAUUUACAAAAUGUUCCCAAAGCAACAAGAAACUCCCUGGAAAUGGGAGAGGUUGGAUUACGGAUCUAUUCCCUGAUCCCCCACAACUUUUAAAGGAAACACUCCCAACGCUUUUAAGGAAUACAAGCACGAAAGAAGUUUAUGAUGUUCUGCAAAAUACCUCAGCACACCAUGCACAGCUUGCUGUGCUUGCACAAAUCCCAUCACACCUGCACAGAGCUUGGAGUCUCCAUUUACAACAAGUAGCACAAGGAAUAAGAAUUAUAUUAACACCACCACAUUAAAAGGCAAAAGGAUCCCCUGACUGUGUAUCACCAAACCUGUAAAAUAGGGAGAGCAAAACUUGACAAAGUUUUAUAAGACUUUAAAAUUACAAAGCUAUUGUAAAUGCUAACCUAUACAUAAUUACCUGUCUAGAGUUAUCCACUUUAUUAUUAUGAAAUCACUUUUUGCAGUAGAACGGCUAAACCUGGGGAUAAUAGUCUUUCUUUCAAUUUUUGCUAGGCACCGCAUGUGUUUCUCUAACUGCUGUUUCACAAAUGGAUCAGUUUUGCCAUUGUUGUGUGCUGUAUAUGUAUUUGUUUCCUUUUAAGAACUCAAGAGAUCUGUUGCUUAAAUUUACAGAGCAGUAGUUACCUGGCAAGACGGGGUAAGAUUCUUCUUUAGAAGCAGCAAGCUGUUUCCAAGCCCAAAAUGUGACUUUUGCAUAUAAGCAAGUCUAAAAUUAGUGGUUGCUGCCUGUGCAGGAAGGAAAUUGUAGAAGAACAGCCACAUACUAUCAGCAGCCCAAAUGUGAGAUGGGGAAGGUGUUUCUAAUUUUUUUUUUUUCAAUGUCCACAUCCUGAGGCUCACACUGCCUGUGUUGCCUGAACUGCCAAACCCCGCAAGUGAAAACAUUCAUCUUGUUAGAAAACAAGGCUGAAAGCCUGGCCUGGCAUUUAGGUACCUACUGGAUUAAUUUCCAGCCCUGCUAAUUCAUUCCAGGACAGGUACUUGCAAAUAUCUCUGUGUCUGGAGGGAGCACAGCAUUUACAUGGGUGCAUGGCUACAACUGGCGCAUAUUGACUGGUUGCCAGGGAAAACUGAAAGAGAAGGGCACAAGUAUAUAUGUGUGUGUGUGUAUAUAUAUAUACACACACACACAUAUAUAUAUAUAUGUAUAUGUGUAUUUUUCAACUGGUCUGGGAUGGGUACCUGUGAUGCUCACCACUAGCAAUGGGUACAUCGGUGAGUAAACAGAACAGUGCAUGAAAACAGCAGGAAUUUCAAUAAUUGUUCAAUACCCCGAUGUCACAUCAUGUCCUCAGUACCAGAUUGUCACUUGUGAGAUGUUCUCCUUGCUCCGCUGUUUGUCUUUGCCUGCUUCACCCUUGGAAAGCCCUUUGCAUCCCGCUUGUGCCUUCUUUCCACCAAGUGUGGUAUUUCUGGGCGUAAACCAACAUCCUCAGCAAUGAGGACCAAAUUAUACACAUGCAAGCCCAGCCUACGGGAAACACUUGAAUAACGGAUGGCCUAACGUUUUGAAUCAAAUCAUUAAGUCAUUUUAUUCUCCCUCAAAUCCUAUGUGCUCUCUAAUGUUUGUUAUUAGUAUUUUCUAUACUUUUUCUAAAGUUGGGUUAUAUUCUUGGCAGCUGUACCUUGUGCCAGUUCUAUACCUUGCAGGCACGUAAAGGAAGUAUACACUGAGUAGUGUCUCUACCCACAGCCAGCAUGCGCUCAAAAGCAUUGAUCUCUGACUCCCACCCAACCUGUAUGAGACUGUAAACUCAUCUGUAUGUUAUCCCCUGUGAGCAAAAUGUGAAUAAACAGCAAAGCAGAAUGGCUGAUGAGCCAGACACACACCA